CGCCAGACUCUUGUGGCUGUCCUGAACGAAGGGGGCGGUGGGGUGUCGUCGCGUCAUAUCAUCCGCCUCGCUUCCAUUGGCCGACACUACUCACCCGACACAGCUGUGAUUGUUUUCUGCAGAGGAAGACUGUCUCUGCUAUGAGGUCUGCUGUUAGGAAUGAUAUAGAAGCUUUUUUUCUCUCUCACCCAAACGAUGAUGUGACCAAACACCGUGAUAACAGUCUGAGAGCAGCGAAACGCACAACAUUGUCGGAUGAACAACGUCGGGUCUCGCUCGAUCAGACAGUGUGAACGUCUGGAGAUCAAGCGCUGAAGUGCCAAAUGCCAAGACUAGAAGAACACUGCUGGAGACGCUCUUGUACAUCGAGGGUGGAAUCGAAUAAUUAUUCUAGGGAAAACUGGGUCGCAUCGAAGGCUGAAGAAAUGAUGUCAAUUAUCACAUCGGUGCUUAGCAAUGUAUACGGCUCGCUGCACAGUCUGCAAACAGCAAACUUAAUCAGACGGGGUCUCGUCCUUUUCACCGUGGGAGUAUUUCUUGCAUUGGUGCUCAACUUGCUACAGGUUCAAAGAAAUGUGACUUUGUUUCCAGAAGAGGUGAUGGCAACUUUGUUUUCAUCGGCGUGGUGGAUUCCCCCUUGCUGCGGCACGGCAGCUGCUGUUGUUGGCCUGCUAUACCCCUGCAUCGACAGCCAUCUAGGAGAGCCCCACAAGUUCAAAAGGGAAUGGGCCAGUGUCAUGAGAUGCAUUGCAGUAUUUGUUGGCAUCAACCACGCCAGUGCUAAACUAGACUUUGCCAAUAAUGUCCAGCUGUCCCUGACCCUGGCUGCCCUUUCCCUGGGACUGUGGUGGACGUUUGACCGCUCGAGGAGUGGCUUCGGCCUGGGCAUUGGGACGGCAUUCCUUGCCACCGUUAUCACACAGCUGCUGGUCUACAACGGUGUAUAUCAAUACACGUAUCCAGACUUUCUGUAUGUGCGCUCUUGGCUUCCAUGCAUAUUCUUCUCGGGAGGAGUGACUGUAGGAAACAUAGGACGCCAGCUAGCCAUGGGUGGUGUCGAGAAACUGCACAACGACUGAACAGAGAUCAGCUGAAGAGGAGCGAGAAGAACGGCAACCAAUACGGAGAACCAGCAUAAUGGAACAAAGUCCGACAUCAUGGGGAGAGACAUUUCAGUUUGAAAGAAAAGAGACUCUUAUUAUUUUUUUUACUAGUUUUCUGUGCAUUAUAACAAAGAGCUAGCCAGAAUCUCCUUUACCUAAUGUGCCAUGACUUCUGCACCUCCUGGUGGCCAAAAUACCUUUCCCCAUCCCUGUUCGGGUCCAGAUAGCAUGAGGUUAUAAGUUAGCCCCUAGGCUAUCCUUGUUAGGGUCCAGAUAGCAUUAGGCUAGCAGUUAGCUGCUAGACUAUUCCUGUUAGGGUUGAAAUAGCAUUAGGCUAGCAGUUAGCCACUAUGCUAUCCCUAUUACGGUCCAUGUAGCUUAAGGCCAGCAGCUAGCCGCAAGGCUAUCCCUGUUUGGGUCCAUAUAGCAUUAGGCUAGCUUCUAGCCACUAGCUCCUCACUCACUAUGGCAGGACAGUAUUUGACCUUCCAGUUCUUCGAAAUGAAAAGUUAACUGGUUUCAGAGUGAACUAUUUGCUUUUUACUGGUGUGGGAGUGCACGCGUGCGUGUGGAUGUGUGCAGGUCUUAACAGAAAAGACGAGGAAAAAAGGUGGUGCUAAAUGUUAGCUUUUUUGUUAUGCCCGAGUAUAAAAUUAUCAUAAAAGGGAAAGGUUUCAGAGCUGUGCAAAAAUGUCUGACACUCACAGAGACAGCGACCAGCAGUAUGUCACUGAUGACAUGUAUUGUAUGUUCCCAAUAUUGUAUGUAAUUCACCAAAAUAAGUAUUUAUCUCUGAGAAAUUAGAAUGCCAACACCAAAUACAUGAGAUCGCAGAUGAUGUGACCAUGUUUUGAACGAAUGUACCAUGAUGCGUAUUAAGUUAGCAUAUUCAUAGUUGCAGUAAAAUAAGUAAUGAUUAAAAAAAAGGCACCUGAAUAUGAUCGGGUGUGAAAGCUCACCUUUUGGAUGACUUCCUGGACAUGGUGUGCCACCUGGACUUGACCUAUGAACCCUCAAAUUAGUAUAUGAAUGGUUGAUUUUCCAUUUAAAGUUUCAGACUAGGCAUUAAAGUUUGGGAACAUACAUUAAGAGAAGGAGGGAGCACAGGACAUUUUUACUACGGCCUAGAGGAUUUGCAAUCUGUGAUUGCCUUUGUAUUAUACAAUUGAGUGCUUUUGUCACUACCAUACCAGUUCAGUUGUAUUACUUGUACAUAAUUAUAUAUUGCUUACAUGUAUAAUCUCUUCCCUUUAUAAUCAGACAGGUAUUACCACACUAUACCUAUUUAGUUCGAUAGUUGGGGGUCUAGAGGAAUAAAAGUGCAAUCACAUAUAUAUACCUGAGCCGAUUUAUUCUUCUGUAUUUAUUAUUUCUGUAAAUGGUUAAGAGGUGAAACUCUGGAAUUAUAUGCAGUGUGGAUAUAGAAAAUUAGCAGAAAAUUAGCAAUAACAGCAGUGUUUGUAAAAAAAUUUUUUUUUUAAAAGUGUCAGAGAUUACUUGCCUUAGACUGUAUACCAAUGACUAUUCUCACCGUGAGAAGACAAAAAAAAACAUUGUGUCAAACCGUUUGUAAAAUCUCGUAGUAGUUCAACAUUAGUAAAUGGGGAAGACUGAUGUAUUAUUAUUCUUUUGUUGUUGUUGUGAUGUAUAGAUUACAGAGGGGUUGGUUGGUACACCUGGUUCGGUUUGAAUCUUUGCUCAAGUUCAGGUUUGUGUCCCAAAUGACACCCUAUUCCCUAUAGGUGGGUUAACUGACAACGUCACAAAAAUGAUGUGGGCACUUCCAUGGGGCAAAAGUCAGCGUGAUGUUUUGAUUUUGGAUGGCCAGAUUGCUAGCGCAAAUGACAAACUGCAAUGUGGGGAAUCGUAAGUAGCUCGUUUCAGCUCCUUUUUUUAAUCUUGUUCUGUAAUACGUGUUUUGAUUGAUUUCAUGUCAGUGCUAAUAUGGCCAAAAUAUGCUAGCUAGCUAACCAACAACUGUAACAGUGUACUUCAGAGACAACAAGUGGUCAUUGUGCAAAUAUAUUUAUGUUUUCAAUAAACAUUGUAGAAGAAAUAUAGAUUACAUGUUGUCAACAAUAUAAGCCAACCCAAUCUGCUUUGCCCCAUAGUUGCGUACUCGUCGGUUUUGUCGCUAAACAACCAACCCGUCUAUGUAGUGCACUAUUGAACAGCGCCCUUAUGGCCUGGUCAAAAGUAGUGCACUAUAUCGGGAAUAAGGUUCCAUUUGGCAAGCAGUCCAGGUGUGCUGCUGGGAGAAAAGAUAGCUUUAUUUUUGGGGUGGUUGAAGCACCUAUUAUUUCAAUAUGUAGAGAGUGUGAGUGUUUCUUUUAUGUCAGCUGUGUAUAAUUUGUAUUACCUUGAAUCCAAGUGGAAAAAUAAAAAGGAACACCUA